ACCUGGAGAUGCGGCAGAAACAGUAUCGUUCCAGCAGCCAUGCCUACAGAAGCCCCUACUCGCGGCGCGUGACUAUGAUCCGUUCUCGGCAUUUUCAGGGCGCGCAGAUGCGUCGCGACCGCAUCGACUAGAACCUGGGGCAAGCGUUUUGCAGCUGGUUGGGAAAAACCAGGUUUUGUGUCGCGAGGGUGCGUGAAUUGCAACACUCGCAACGAUUUCACUGGUGCCUAAAGCUCGCCGGCCAAUCAGUAGUUUUCGUCCCAACCAACUGUUUUACAGUUUGUAAACUUGGGUCCCUGGCUUUGGCCUCCGAUUUCCGACAGCAAUUCCAGCGUUACUGCGUCCGCACGGGCGCGUGUAAGCGUGACGCUCUGUCUCGCACCAGCUGCACUGCACACGGCACCCACCCCAUGGCGCCCGCGACGCCAUCCAGUGCACGCAGCGCUGCCGCGGACGGCGCUGCUGCGACCAGCACAGCCAUGCCGGCCGCCCCCGCCAGCCACGCACGACGCGCAGCAGAGCCUGACUCCGCUGCCGCGGCGCAGGCUUCCCACUCAUCCACGAGUUGGGUGGACGGGUCUACCUCAGAAGCCGCAGGCGGCAGGCGAGAGCCGGCAGCAGCAGCAGCACCACCCAAGGAGUCGUGCAUCAAGCACAUGGACGCCAUCUGGUUCUGCUACUCGCCGGUGUACCAGACGACGCAGUACUACAGGGAGGGCGCGUUCGACUCGUGUGUGGGCAAGUGGGGCGACCUGUGGGACUGCAUGCUGCUGCGCACCGCCGCCGCCCCCGCCGUCAUGGUCAGUGCGCCAUGCUGGACGACUCUCCUCACUGUGUGGGCUGCACCGUGCUGCUGCUGGGCGCCAGUAGUACGAGUGCUCUAGUGGGGCCAUCCCGCUGAUGCCUGCCUCGGUCCACGGCUCGGCGUGAGGAGAGGCAGCGCCAGCAGGACCCCGUGCCGGCACACAUCUGGCAGAUGCGCACACCAGAGCAGGCAAGGGAGUUCUGGGAGCAAGAGUUUGGAAAGAAGUCAUAGCCUCUGUGUACUCUUGGUGUUUUUGGUUGGAUUUGCGAUAAGGUUUUUGUUCUUUAUAGUCUAGAGUAGAGUUGGUUCUUCACCGCCGCUGUAAAAAGGGAAAAUACAUCGGCGCUCGGUAUUAGGGGCCUCGAUAACAUGUACGGUCAGUGACACGAUAUAAACAAUCAGAAUUAGUGAGUUCGCA